AUGACGGGCGGCCGGUUCGACUUCGACGAUGGCGGCACCUACUGCGGCGGCUGGGAGGACGGGAAAGCCCACGGGCACGGCAUCUGCACCGGGCCCAAGGGGCAGGGCGAGUACGCCGGCUCGUGGUCUCACGGCUUCGAGGUGGCGGGCGGCUACACCUGGCCCAGCGGCAACACCUACCUGGGCUACUGGGCGCAGGGCAAGCGCCACGGGCUGGGCGUGGAGACGAAGGGCAGGUGGAUGUACCGCGGCGAGUGGUCCCACGGCUUCAAGGGGCGCUACGGGGUGCGGCAGAGCCUCAGCACGCCGGCCCGCUACGAGGGCACCUGGAGCAACGGGCUGCAGGACGGAUACGGCGUCGAGACCUACGGGGACGGAGGUACAUACCAGGGGCAAUGGACAGGAGGAAUGCGACAUGGAUAUGGUGUACGUCAGAGUGUACCCUAUGGCAUGGCAACUGUGAUCCGUUCACCCCUCCGAACAUCUCUAGCUUCACUUCGAAGUGAACAGAGCAAUGGCACUGUUCUGCAUGAUGUCACUUCAGACAGUCCGGCUGGAACAAGAGGAGGUUUUGUGCUCAAUUUUCACAGUGAUCCAGAAGCCAUGGGCAUUAAGAAAAAAGGAGGCUUAUUCAGAAGAGGAUCCCUUCUUGGUAGUAUAAAACUUAGAAAAUCUGAAUCUAGGUCAUCGAUAUCUAGCAAACGGAGCUCUGUGAGGAGUGAUGCUGCUAUGAGCAGAAUUAGUUCUAGCGAUGCCAACUCUACAAUUAGUUUUGGAGACGGUGACUGUGAUUAUUGCCCUAUGGAAGACCAUGUUGAUGCCACCACUACAGAAACCUAUAUGGGUGAAUGGAAGAAUGACAAGCGCAGUGGUUUUGGUAUUAGUGAGCGUUCAAAUGGCAUGAAAUAUGAAGGAGAAUGGCUAAAUAACAGGAGGCAUGGAUAUGGAUGUACCAUGUUUCCAGAUGGCACCAAAGAAGAGGGAAAAUAUAAAAAUAAUGUUUUGGUCCGUGGAAUAAGAAAGCAACUUAUACCAAUACGAAACACUAAAACUAGAGAAAAGGUGGACAGAGCAAUAGAGGGUGCACAGAGAGCGGCUGCCAUGGCAAGAACCAAAGUGGAAAUUGCAACUUCAAGAACUGCACAUGCAAGAGCUAAAGCUGAUGCUGCGGAUCAGGCUGCUCAGGCUGCUCGCCAGGAAUGUGAUAUUGCAAGAGCAGUUGCCAGAGAACUUUCACCAAAUUUCUACCAACCAGGCCCUGAUUAUAUCAAACAAAAAUUUCAAGAAGGAAUGGAGGUGAAAGAAAAAUCUGAAGAAAAAGUUCAGGAAAACCCACCUACCCCAAAAGAGUCACCUCACUUUUAUCGAAAAGGUACUACACCCCCUCGAACCCCAGAAGCAAGUCCAAGGCAUAGUCCUCCUCUUUCUUCUGAGCCUUCUCCUUCAAAACAACUGAAAAGGCAAAGCUCCACUUCUGGGGCAAGACUCAGUCAAGAGAAAAAGCUUUUAGCCACGGAGAAUAUAACACCCACUAUUAACAAGCCUUUAUAUUCAAAAGCACCAGUGAAGGAGGAAGUAGCUGUGAAACACCAGCCAAAGUUUUCAGCCCAUCACAAUCCCAUCAGCACAGAGAAUGGGGAGCUGCAUGGUCACUACCAUGGUUAUUAUGUAAAAAUAAAUCCAACAGUGCUUCCACAGGAGCUCAGGGAAGAAGAUGAAUAUGUCAACCCAUCACCGUCAACACUUGCACGAAUACCACCCUCACAGAAGCCAAGUCCUGCUAGAUCUGGGGGUAAGCCAGAUGCCAAAGAGAACAAACCUGAAACAAAAAUUAAGAAACCAGAAUUUGCUGCACCAAAGAACCCAGCUAAUAAUGAGUCACAUUCAGCAGUGGAAAAAGAAGUAGAAAACAGCUCGGGCCCUAACUCAGUCAUGAUUGCCCUGGUAAUGCUGUUGAAUAUUGGUUUAGCCAUUCUUUUUGUCCAUUUUCUAACUUGAUUGGAAUUAGGAAAGUGAAGUCAUGACAACUAGUGGUGUUAGCCCACAGUUCUCUGCAGUUGUGUCAUCAGCCUUUUAAAUGGCACCUGUCAUACUCAGACACAGGGAAGGAGGCUUGGAAUUAGGAUGGGACGCAAGAGAGAUGAAACUUGGAAAAUUCAGCCAGGGGCCCAGAUCAGUUUCUCUGCUGAUGGCUCGUGGCUUUGGGGUCUUCUGAAAGCUGAAGCAAGCAGCCAUGUUGGAAAACAAACAAAAUAAUCUGCUGAACCAGCCCCGCCAGUGAAGUGCGUUGGCUUCUCCAUCUGUUCCAGCAGAGUGUGACUAAACUGGAAAUGUACGGAGCUGCACUUUUUGUUGAUGGAAGCUAACAGCUGCCUUACUAUUUUACCGUCUGAUGUUUUUAGUGAGGAGAUGGGAAAACGACUGCCAGAGGAAUGUGGUCAGAGGAUUCUGUUGCUGUGGAAGUGAUUCCAGCGUUCACUCCUAUCUCAUUAGAAGAAAUAGUUAGCAGCAUCAGUCACCAGUCUUAUUCCAUUACCUGCUGCUUUUAACAUCUCCUGCAGUGUUCUGGGAGAUCGAAUUUCAUUUGCCUGUGCAUGAUUCUGUUCGUUUGUUGUUUAUGAAAUUUGAUGUAUAGCCAUGACAUAGUGUCUAGUCCAACCUGGAGAAAACUACCAGUUCUGCCUAGCAGCAGAAGCAGAAAAUGAAAUUUCUUUUUCUAAUCCGAAGAUAAAAUUCUUAAAUUCAUUUUCCUAAACCUGAAGAGCUGGUUUGCUUUAAUGUUUAGUAAGUAAUAUACUAUGACUGCAAAAUUUAAAGAUGUUGAUAUCUUCCUAAAAGUGCUCAAAUGCUUAUGCCAAUAGCAAGCAAAAUUUUUCAUAAUAAAAGAAUAAGAAUCUGAAGUUGAUACCAGCACAUUCUAAACAGGACGUGGAAUAUAAAAAUAAGCCAAGAAAGACAAGAUACAGGGUUUGCAUGUUGACUUUUUUUUUCUUUUUUUUUUU